AUGGCCGGUCAAGCCGAUAUCUCUAGCAUCCUGGCCGCUCUGGCUCAGCGCCCUGCCUCCAACCCUGCGCAGCCUCCGCAGCAAGGCCCUCCCCCUGGUGGCAUGCCCCAGGGCUAUCCUCCUCAGAUGCCCAACCCCUCACUUGGCGCCUUCUCUCUUCCGCAGCCGUCAAACUCGGGCAGCGUCGACUUGAGCGCAAUCCGUCCCAUCAACACCGGCUCUGUCAGCAUCGCCGAGGCUAUCGCAAAGGCAAAGAGCAUUGCUGCCGACCGUGGCAUCUCGUACGACAACCGCCCUCAGCAACAGAUGCACCAGCAGCAACCACCGCGCGCCGACCCUCGUCUUCAGGGCAGACCGACUUACCAGCAGGAGAGAUCCCGCUCGCGCUCGCCUCCCCGUCGCGACAACUUCCGUGGCAACUUCAACCCUUACCGCGACGAGCGACGUGACGCUGACCGUCGAGACCGCGGCUACAACAACCGCGACAGAUCCCUAUCUCCCGGUCCCCGUGGUGGCAGAGGAAACUUUUCUCCCGGUCCUGGCGCUCGUGGCCCUGGCCCUCGCUCGCCUACAGCACGCGCUCCUCCCGCAGACAGUGAUACCAUUUCGGUCAAGUCCGCGCUUGUCGGUCUCAUCAUUGGCCGCAAUGGAGAGAACCUGCGACGCGUCGAGUCCGAGAGUGGCGCUCGUGUUCAAUUCAUCCCCGCCAAGGAGCCCAACGCCGUCAACCGCCAGUGCACCAUCUCUGGCCCCCCUCAAGCUCGUGAGAUUGCAAAGCAGGAGAUCUUCCGUGUCAUGGAUGAGAAUGGCGGCAGCGUGCCACCAGAGCGUGGUCCUCCUAUGGGCCGUCAGCAACAACCCGCCAUGCAACAGAGAGAUCAACAGCCUGCUCUGCGCGAAGGCGAGAACAGCGUUCAGAUCAUGGUGCCCGACAAGACGGUCGGUCUUAUCAUUGGCCGUGGCGGCGAGACCAUCCGUGACUUGCAGGAGCGCAGCGGUUGCCACGUUAACAUUGUCAGCGAGAACAAGAGCAUCAACGGCAUGCGUCCCGUCAACUUGAUUGGCACACCCGACGCUGCUCGCAUCGCAAAGGAGAUGAUUCUCGAGAUCGUCGAGAGCGACGUCCGCCCACCUCCCGGUCAUCCUGGCCACCAGCCCGCUCAACAGGACACCCGAGCACCUGCACCCUUCGACCCUUACCGUGGAGGCAUGAGCAACGAUCGCGCUGGAAGCGACAAGAUCACCGAGGAGAUUUACGUCCCGUCAGAGGCCGUAGGCAUGAUCAUUGGCAAGGGAGGUGAAACCAUCAAGGAAAUGCAAGCCACCACUGGAUGCAAGAUCAACGUCGGCCAACCUGAACAGCCCGACGUUCAGCGCCGCAUAGGUUUGGUAGGUAGUCGCUCUGCCAUCGACGAGGCAAAGGGCGCCAUCUGGGAAAAGGUCGACACUGUGCAACAACGUGACCGCAAUGGUGGUGCAAGAGAACAACGUGCUCCUCGUAAUGACUAUGGUGGUAACAACCAAUACUCACAGCAGCCUCAGCAGCAGGCUUAUGGACAGAUGCCAAUGGGCGGUGCUGCUCAAGCCAUCUCUGCUUUGCAGGGCAUGUCUGCCGCACCUCAGCAGGCACCCGCAGCUGACCCCAAUGCGGCUGACCCAUACGCUCCUUACGGUGGCUACCAGGCAUACUGCGCCAUGUGGUAUGCUGCACUUGCCCAGAAUGGACAAGGUGCACAGGGUCAGCCCCAAAUGCCGCCUCAAUAG